AGUGGCGCUCUCUGUGCCGCGGCAACUGGCUGUGACUGCGGCUGCCCGCUCCGUGCGGACAGGGUCUUUCUGCUUCCCCUCGCCCGGGGUUGGCGCUGAGAGGCGGCGUCCGGCGGGAUGGAGAAAAGUAGGAUGAACCUGCCCAAGGGGCCGGACACGCUGUGCUUCGACAAGGACGAGUUCAUGAAGGAAGACUUUGAUGUCGAUCACUUUGUGUCUGACUGUCGGAAGCGAGUCCAGCUGGAAGCACUCAGAGAUGACCUGGAGCUCUACUAUAAGCUGCUUAAAACAGCCAUGGUUGAGCUCAUCAACAAGGACUACGCAGACUUUGUCAACCUGUCAACAAACCUGGUUGGUAUGGACAAGGCCCUCAAUCAGCUUUCUGUGCCUUUGGGACAGUUACGAGAAGAGGUUCUGAGUCUUCGGUCAUCUGUCAGUGAAGGAAUUCGGGCAGUAGAUGAACGAAUGUCUAAACAAGAGGACAUUAGGAAAAAAAAGAUAUGUGUGUUGCGGCUUAUACAGGUUAUUCGAUCGGUUGAGAAAAUUGAAAAAAUCUUAAAUUCUCAACAUCCUAAAGAAACAUCUGCACUAGAAGCAAGCAGCCCGCUUUUGACUGGACAAAUUUUGGAGAGAAUUGCCACAGAAUUUAAUCAGUUACAGUUUCAUGCUGUUCAAAGCAAAGGCUUGCCUCUUUUGGACAAAAUAAGACCACGUAUAGCUGGUAUUACAGCCAUGUUACAACAGUCACUGGAAGGCCUCCUGUUAGAAGGUCUUCAGACUUCCAGUGUCGAUAUUAUUCGGCACUGCCUACGGACUUACGCCACAAUUGACAAGACACGGGAUGCAGAGGCGUUAGUUGGUCAAGUCCUCGUGAAACCCUACGUAGAUGAGGUGAUUCUAGAGCAGAUUGUUGAUAGUCAUCUGAGUGAUCUCCAGCUCAUGUAUGAUAAACUCUUGGAGUUCGUUCCCCAUCACUGCCGCCUUCUUCGAGAGGUCACAGGAGGAGCCAUCUCAAGUGAAAAGGGCAAUACUGUUCCUGGCUAUGAUUUUUUGGUGAAUUCUGUCUGGCCAGAAAUAGUACGAGGAUUAGAAGAAAAAUUACCCUCGCUUUUUAAUCCUGGGAAUCCUGAUGCUUUUCACCAGAAAUAUACCAUAAGUAUGGAUUUUGUAAGAACAUUUGAACGGCAAUGUGGAUCACAGGCCAGUGUAAAAAGAUUACGAGCACAUCCUGCCUAUCACAGCUUCAAUAAUAAGUGGAACUUGCCUGUUUAUUUUCAAAUAAGAUUUAGAGAAAUAGCUGGAUCCUUAGAAGCAGCACUUACAGAUGUCCUGGAAGAUGCACCAGCUGGGAGCUCGUAUCGCCUUUUGGCUUCUCAUAGGACGUGGAGCAGCCUUCAGAGGUGCUGGUCUGACAAGAUGUUCUUGCCGCUGCUGGCACAUCGUCUGUGGAGACUGACGCUGCAGAUUCUGGCGCGGUACUCCAUAUUUGUCAAGGAGCUUUUACUCAGGCCCAUCUCUAAUGAAAGUGCUAAGGAUAUUAAAAAACCUUUGGUAACUGGCAGCAAAGAUCUUUCUAUCACCCAAGGAAAUUGCGAAGACCAAGCAAGUGGCCCUUCUGAAACAAAGCCCAUUGUCUCCAUUUCCAGCACUCAACUUGUCUAUGUGGUCACAGACCUGGACAGGCUUCAGGAGCAGCUUCCAGAACUCUUAGAAACAAUCAAGCCAAAACUUGAAGUGAUGGGCUUUAAGAAUUUUUCUUCCAUCUCAGCAGCCCUGGAGGACUCCCAGCUGUCUUUGUCUGCCUGUGUACCCGCCUUGAGUGAGAAAAUCACCCAGGACUUAAGUGAGUCUUGCUUUAGUCACCUGAAAAGUGCCCUGGAGGUUCCCAGGCUGUACCGAAGAACCAAUAAGGAGGUGCCAGUGACAGCCUCCUCUUACGUGGACAGCGCUCUGAAGCCAUUGUACCAGCUUCAGAGCAGGCACAAGGACAAGCUCAAGCAAGCCACGAUUCAGCAAUGGUUAGAAGCCGCUCUCUCUGAGAGCACACAUAAGUACUAUGAGACUGUGUCGGAUGUCCUGAAUGCUGUGAGGAAGAUGGAGGAGAGCCUGAAGCGGCUCAAACAGGCCAGGAGAGCCACUCCCGCCAGCCCGGCUGGGCUCAGUGGCGGCGGCAUGAGUGAUGAUGACAAGAUCCGACUGCAGUUGGCCUUGGACGUUGCAUAUUUAGGAGAGCAGAUAGAAAAGAUGGGCCUGCGAACAAAGGACAUAAGAAGUUUUCCGGCUCUCGCAGAGCUCGUUGCUGCUGCCAAGGACCAGGCACCUGCGGACCAGCCUUAAGCAUCUUGGAGUAGCCCAGGGGAAGGUUGGACCUCACGCCUGCAGGGAAGAAAGCGGCUCUGUUCUCUCUCAGGCUGCGACACGGACGCGCGUCCACUGGUUCCCAAAAGCGCGCCAGGGCAGCGUCCCUCAGCGUCUUUGGGUCUUCUUUCACCUAAAAAGAAUACAAAAGCCUUUUUCCGUUGUAUGGAAGAUAAUUUUAAGAUGUUUGAAACUUUCUACUAUAGUUUACAGAGCAAAUUAUUUUAUUUUUAUUGUAAAUCUUAGCGUGGAAGAGAUGAUUUCUAAAAUAUGAUUGAAGUAAAUACAUGUAUGUCUGAAUAUAAAAAGUCAGCUUUCUGGCCCAGCAGUUAGAAGGGACUGGCUGCAGAGGGGUAGCUACACUGUACAAACACCCUUCUCCCUGGUGACUCUGACUUUCUAGACGGGGCUACACGGGUGGCUUUCCAUUCUCCCACUAGGUGUUCAGAACAGUCCUCAUCACCCAGACCUCUGUCAACAGCAAGAAACAGCAGGGGGAUCAGUUUCCUAAUAAAAGAGCCUGCCAAAGCGUA